AUGCCGAGAGAGAAAGCGACUCCCGGGAGCAGACUGAAUCUCUAUGUGAGGUAUUUCGGCGGUGACAUAUUGACAACUGAUGGAAGCGUCUUAUUCUGUAAGAUAUGCGAGAAGAAUAUUAAUGGCGAUAAGAAAUAUUUCGUGCGUCAACACAUCAACAGCGCCUCUCACACUAAGCGUACGACUCGUGACGAUGAUGCCUCAAAAAAACAGGUUUCACUCCUCCCGAACUUUGUGACCAGGCCACAGAAAGGAAGUGAGUUUAAUAUGGAUCUUUGUGAGACCUUGGUCAAAGCUGAUAUUCCGUUUUAUAAGAUACAGAAUCCUUGUUUCCGACGCUUCAUCGAGAAGUGGUCGAAACAGUAUUUCCCCCAUGAAUCUGCAUUGAGGAAAACGUAUCUGAAGGAAGUGUACGAUGGUACGAUACGGAUGAUUCGAGCCUCAAUCGGCGAAGGCAAGAUUUGGGUCUCAGUCGAUGAGACAACCGAUUCGAGGGGUCUUUUCGUGGUCAACACCGUGGUCGGUAAAUUGAGUGCUUCUGAGCCGUCGACUGCGUAUCUUCUAGGGUCAGAAAUCGUUGAGCGAACGAAUCACGCCACGAUAGCUCAAGCGUUCUGCAACUCGCUGAGCAUACUCUGGCCCGAGGGUAUUAAGCAUGAGCGCGUCUUACUUUUCGUGACAGACGGAGCAAAAUACAUGAAAAAGGCCGCGGAUGGAUUGAAAGUUCUCUUUCCCAACAUGGUGUACGUCACAUGUCUCGCUCAUGGCAUUCAUCGUGUCUGUGAGGAAAUUCGGAAACUUUGCCCGGAGACUGAUUCCUUCAUUGCAAGCGUGAAGAAGUGCUUCCUGAAAGCACCUUCCAGGAUACAGAAAUUCAGGGAUCUCGCCCCGAAUUUACCUCUGCCUCCAAGUCCCGUCGUCACCCGUUGGGGUACAUGGCUCGAAGCCGCAUCCUACCUUGCGGCAAACUACGACAAAAUAGAGGAAAUUGUAAACAGCUUCGAAAAAGGAGAAGCUCUUUAUAUCUUCAAGAGUCAGGAGAUGCUGCGGAACCCUGCUCUGAAGAAUCAGCUCUUGUUCGUUUCUGCCAAUUAUCGGAAUAUUCCCGAUGGCAUCAGAAGAUUAGAGUGUACGGCACAGUCGCUUGAAACCACAUGUGGUAUCGUGGAAGACAUAGGGUUUUGUCUAGAGAGGGCGACUGGACCGAAAGCCGGUCUCAUCAAAGCAAAGUUCGAGACCGUCCUGAAUAAGAAUCAAGGGUAUAGCACUCUCAGAGAUAUACUGUCCGCUCUCCGUGGUGACGGAGAAGUGAUGGCUUUAGGGAACUUCGAUUUGCCAGACCUUGCAUUGUAUCGAUACGCCCCAAUGGUAAGCGUAGACGUGGAACGCUCGUUUUCACGAUAUAAGAUGCUGCUAUCGGACCGACGUCAAUCUUUCACGCCUGAGAACGCGAUGUAUCAUAUAGUUUCCUUGUGUAACAAUACCGACGAAUAA